AUGAGUUUUGGGGGAGAAAAUUGCCAAUUCAAGCACCUGGCAUGCCCAGGGGUGGGGGUUAUGUGUCCAGGGUCAUCUUUCCCCUCUGCAGGCAGGUGCCGCAGGCAGGGAGCAGGCAGGUGCCGCAGGCAGGAAGGAGGCAGGUGCCGUAGGCAGGGGAGGAGCACGGCUCACCUGGGCGCAGGUGCGGCAGCGGGAUCACCGGGGCAGUCAGAGGACGUUGCCAGGAUGGCAAACUUCAAGGGUCACGCGCUUCCAGGCAGUUUCUUCCUGCUGUUUGGGCUCUGGUGGUCUGUGAAAUACCCGCUGCAGUAUCUCAGCCGGAAAGUAAAUAAGAAAUCCCACAGGAUUUAUUUUUUCCAGCGUGUGGAUGCCAUCGAAGGGGGAAUCAAAAUCAUCUUUGCUCUAAUAGGGAUGCUGGCAGAACAGUUCGUCCCGGAUGGCCCACACUUGUACCUCUACAGCGGGGAGAACCACGACUGGGUGAAGCUGAUGAACUGGCAGCACACCACCAUGUACCUCUUCUACGGCCUCUCCGGGGUGGUGGACGUCUUCACCUACAUCUCCCAGAUGGUGCCACGGGGUCUGGAUCGCCUCAUGCUGUCCGUGGCUGUCUUCGUUGAAGGUUGUCUCUUCUAUUACCACGUCCUUCACCGCCCGAUGCUGGAUCAGCAUAUCCACUCCCUGCUGCUCAUCGCCAUCUUUUCAGGGGCCUGCAGCAUCAUGCUGGAGGUCUUCCUCCGCGACAACAUUGUCCUGGAGAUGUUCAGAGCCGGUGUCACCAUCGUCCAGGGAGCAUGGUUCUGGCAGAUCGGGGUCGUGCUGUUCCAGCCAUGGGGAGGUCCGAUGUGGGAUGAGAAGGACCACAGCAACGUCAUGUUCCUCACCAUGUGUUUCUUCUGGCACUGGGCAGCCGCUGUGGCCAUCCUGGCUAUAAAUUACACUCUCGCUUACUGCUGCAUCCAGAGGUGCAAGAGAGGCAGCGGAGAGCCCUACAUCGGGCUCGGAAUCCGGCAGCAAAAGUGUGACACCAGCUCCCAAGCCGCCUUCUUAAAUGGCUCUGAUGAAGAGUGAAGAGGAUGCAAUCUCCUUCUGCAAAUACGUGAAGAAUCUGUUUUCUAGAAGAAAAAAAAACCUAAAAAAAAAAAAAAUCUAAUGAAAUAUUUAUGUUUGGGAAGAACAAAGAGAGGUGCCACCGUUCUGCUGCUGGGAAGUGUUCUGCUGCUGGGUGGUAGCUGCCCUCCAUCCGUCCCCGAAUAUCACCAUUUCUGAAAUGAGCACUGCUUGCAGAGAUUUUUAGCAACAAAAUUAAGUGCCGAAAUUCAACAUGAUGAGGCCGCUUCAUCCGAUGGGUUCCCGUGCGUGUUUCCAUAGUGAUGGAGGGCAUCCUUUGGCCAGCUGACUUUUCCAAGCGCCUGGAGGCUUUGACCUGCUGGGACUGAAGUCAGGGAAACCUCCAGGCUUGAGGUCGUGUACCUCUGGACCGAGGCAUCAUCCCAAGGAGGAAGAAUAAGAGCAUUGAGAGUGAGAUUAUGUCAAAUUUGCAACAUCACCGCAUGAUUGUGCACAAUGAAAAUUUUAUUACAGAAGCUUUGAACUAAAGAGGAGUUUUGUUAAUAGUUUUCAUGUUCACUUAAAGGCUGAAAGAGUGAAUAAAUGCGAAUUAAAAAUC